AAUUUCCUAAAAUAUAAAAAUCAAAACAUUAUCUGGUUACUUUGUAUAUAUUAUUAAAAAAUGAAUAAGUAUGAUAUUUUGAAACAUUUUUAUAAUGCCUUUAAUUAUUUCUCAAAUAAUUUUAUCGUAAAAAGUAUAUGUUUUUUACAUAUAACAGGAUAAUAUCUUAAAUAAUACACUACGAUAAUACAUUAUCGUGAUAAUCCGAAACUGUGUGAAAGUUGCUUUUCCGUUUAAAUAACAAUAUAUACUGCUCGACCGUGUACAUAUAAACAUAUAGAUAUAUGUAUGUAUUCAUAAAUGUAUACGGAGGAGAAUCGAUAGUGUGAACGUAUUCAAGGAGCCAUUCACUGCCAUAAGAUUCAGUUGAGUUUGAGACUACGCCGGUGAAUGUACUUCAUCGUUCCCACGUAUUUCAUAUAUUCUAAGUAAUUAAUAAGUUUUCAUUGUAUUGUAGUAAAAUGAUCGAAAAUACAGAAUUAAAUAUGAAGAUAAUCACAUUUUCCGAGUAUGUUUUAACCAAAUGUAAAAUAAAACAACUAAAAUUAGUUUAGUGUGUCAUAUGUUUAGUUAUAAAAGAUUAUAACUGUUGUGUUAAUGAUUAAUUUUCGCUGAAUUCAAGAAUUAUGUUUUAUCCUCAAAGAAUGAUGAGACAAGUCUCUGAAAUCUCCUAUGUUGGAGGUUUCAAAUUAAUAAGAAUGUCAAGUAAUCAAGAAGGAGAGUCUGGUAUAACAAUACCAUUGCAGUAUAAUAAUUCUCAUUGGAAAUCUAUAUUUGAAAAAUAUGAUCUUGAUGGAGAUGGGAAAAUCUCGUAUCAAGAAUUGCGAGCUAUGAUACGCAGUUCUAGUUACUCUAAUGAUAUUCCAACCAGGGUUGUCCAUAUAAUAAUGCAUAAAGCAGAUCUAGAUGAUUCUGGAUAUCUAGAUUAUCCAGAAUUUAUAGCUAUGAUUCAUAGAAAAGAUAUGCAAGGUGUUUUUGGUCAUCUUGUGCAACGAUAUGUACAAUCUAUGGUUCCACAAAGACCAUCUCCUUUUGAAGGUCUAGCAAGGUCUAGUGACAUACCUGAUGGGCAGUAUGAAGAAGAAUAUAGUUGUAAACCUCCAGCACUAGCAAUGAUAAUUAUAUCUAUACUAGAAAUUACUUUAUUUUUAUACGAUGUAAUUGUAUAUAAAUCACCUUCAGUCGAAGGACCAGCAGCUACAUUAUUUAUUUAUAAUCCACACAAAAGAUACCAAGCAUGGAGGUAUUUAACAUAUAUGUUUGUACAUGUGGGAGUAUUUCAUUUAGUAGUAAACCUACUUGUGCAAAUAAUGCUGGGUAUUCCACUGGAGAUGGUACACAAAUGGUGGAGAGUAUUAACUAUAUAUAUAGCAGGUGUCGUAGCAGGAUCUCUUGGUACCUCUGUAUCGGAUCCUACAGUAUAUUUAGCAGGAGCAUCAGGUGGUGUAUAUGCAUUAAUUACAGCUCAUGUGGCAACUAUAUUAAUGAACUGGUCGCAAAUGGAAUUUGCUAUUUUACAAUUGUUAGUAUUCCUUAUUGUAACAGUUGUUGACAUUAGUCAAGCAAUAUAUAACCGUUACGUGUUAGAAACCAAUGACCAAGUUGGAUAUGUUGCUCACUUUGCUGGUGCCAUUGCGGGUUUGCUCGUAGGUAUAAAUGUACUUCGUAAUCUCGAAGUAAAAACUUGGGAAAAAGUCGUGUGGUGGGCCAGUAUUAUUACUUACACUGUACUUAUGACAGCCGCCAUUUUAUGGAAUAUUUUAUAUACGUCUUAUUAUGAUUAGUUACUCUUAAUGCUGUUGCGUUUUCUAACGCAGUCGAAGUUUGUAAUCUUGCCACUAUGUAAGUAGAGACAAGUGAAACUUUUUCUACAAUACCAGUUAGAUAAAUAAGGUGCAAAUUUCAGUGCACUUGUAUAUAUCUAAACUGAACAUUAAUAUAUUGCAUACUGUGAUAUAGAAGGUCUCUAUAUUUUGCACAGAAGAAAUAGGUAUUACAUAUCGUAAUGACAAAUAAUUUUAUACUCGAUAAUAUUCCGCGUUAAUGGUAAAAAAAUGUAAUAUAACUUUUUUGCUAUUUCAUUGUCUCUAAAAGUAUAAUAAAAGCAAUUAUUUUUAUAAUAAUAAAUUAAAUACGUUAAAUGAUAAUCGUUCAAAGAUAAAAUAUUAAAUGCUAUAAAAUAUAAUGAUAAGAUAUAAAUGUUACAAAUGCUAUAUCCUAAAGCGAUAAUUGCAAUAUGAUAAUUUUAUAGUGCGUUGUUUUCAAUAUUUGAGCACAUAUUAGAAUAAUAUUUGAUUAGUAUUUAAUUUGGAAAAAAUAAAUUUUAUUAUUAUAAUAUAUGUAAAAUAUUAAAGUAUUACUGGUAUAUAUAUUUAUAUACAUAUAUACUAUUAUGGAACGUUUCUCUUCUACGGUAAUUUUUAUGUAAUAAGUUUCUGUGCUUCAUUAUAUCAUGUAUUUAUAAUUCACUAUGUCAUGUACCUGAUUUGCAAACUACUAAACUAAUGUUACAGAACAAAUUUGUCCACAUAUAUGUGUAAGAUGUAUAAAGACUUUCAUAAAUUUUUAUUUGCAAAAUCUAUGUUUUGGCUGCUAAAAUAGUAAAAUUAUUUGUUUCAAUAUAGAUAAAAACUUGACAAAAAUAGAACGACAAUAGAAAAUAAAAAAUUACUAGUGCCUUGUAAGUAUAAAAUGAAAUCUAAGUCUGAGGUGUAUAUAAAAAAUAGCACUGUUUUACCAUUAUCAUUUAUUUAAAAACGCACUAUUUUAAUUUUAUCAGGAAAAUAAACAUAUUGAGUUUUAAUUUUAACUACUCUGUUCAUAAUGAAAUAUUACACAACUUUCAUAAAGUCACACUUAAAAUAUUACAAAAUUUUUAAUUCAACAGUAAUUAUCUUAAAUUUUGGCAAUAUAUCAAAAUCAUAAAAAUAUAUUUUAGAAGAUACCCGUGAAUCAUGAGGUACAAUCAUUUGAAAGUAUAUUUCAAUUUAAAGCAAUUUUAAUAAUUAUUCAGGUUUGUCAUGCACAAGUGUAUCUAUUAUGUUCUGUUACUAAUUAAGUUAAUUAUUAAUAUCAGUAUAUGCAAGGAAAAUGCAAGUAUAUUAAUUUUUUUAUUCUCACCAAAUAAAAUCUUUAUUUAUUUUUUUCAUUCUUCUUUUGUUUUUAUCACAUAAAUACUAAUCAUAUCUUUAAGAUUCAAAUAUAUGAAAUACGCACAAGAAGGGAACACAGCUUACAAUCCAAUGAAAGUCAAAGAUAAUAUAAGUCCUUCAUUUUUGUACUUUCAUAUUAAGAUAACCGAUUUAAAAUUAGACUGCUCUCGAGAAUAACGAAAUACAUAUAAUGAAAAUGCAAAACAUGAAACUAAACUAUUAGUUUAAGAGCUUCAUUGUAAAAGACGUAAUUAAUACGAUAAUUGAAGUGAAGUUGUUGUUUCAAAAAUGUAUGUUACAUGAUAGUUGUAAUGAUCUUAAUAGACAGGGUAAUCCGACAGAAAAUCGAGAGAAACUGAACAAAAAUUAUUUUAAAACGAACUUGAGCGAAUAAAGAAAAUUUUGAUUGACUGAAUAAAGAAAAAUUUAUCAAAGAACCUCAACUUUAUUCGUUAAUCGUAUUUAGAUGAUUCUUCGCAUGUAAGUGCUUCUUAUGUAUUAUCUUGUGUAUGUAAGUUUUAUAAUAAAUAUGAAAUGUUAAAUUAAAAAAUGCGUGUUUGUGCUACUAUAUAAAAUCAAUAAUUAUUUGCGUAUAGUAUCGCUCAUAAUUAGUCAAAUAAUUUUAAAAAUAAACAGAAAUGGGAGGACUGUAUUUUUUAAUGGGAAAUAUAUGUUUUUUAUUUUUAUUUUUUAGCAUUACAAAAUGAUAUAGUAACUUAAUGAUAAUGUAGAUAUUGUAUGCACUGUAAAUAUUAUAUAGCAAAACUAUUUAUCUGGAGAAGGGAAUCAUUAUUUAAAAAAAAAAGAAUACCAACUAAUUUUAGCAAUAAUAAUGAAAUGGGACAGUAGAAAAGAUUGUCAAGUAGAGUCUAUUCUUAGUAUUUAUACAAAUUAUAUUAAUGUUGCAAUUUAAUAGAUAUGUGUCGAAUUGCUUUAAUUAAAUUUUUAAUUAAUUUAUGUUUUAUUACUUUGUCAUUCGUUAUUGUAAAUUAAAAUUGUUAAAUCGUCGAAUAAUAGUUAGAUUCAUUAUAAAAUUAGAAUAUAAAUUUCUUAUUAUAAAAUUAAUUAUGAGCGACACUAAAUAUUUAACCUAAAAUAAUUAAACUCGAUGCGGGGACAAAGAAACAUUUUGUUCAUAUUACUUGCAUAUUUUGCACGCAUUCUGUAUAAAAUAGAAUAGAGUAAAUUCUAAAUCAACCAUCGCUUUAGAUACUAUUUCGACAUUAAAAUACAGAUAAUCGUUAAGUUUCCUCAUUCGUUCGAUAAACAGUUUCUAUCUUAAUAAUAAGUACCAUUAUUUUGGACAGGUACGAUCAUUUCCUAUAUAUGCAUAUAUUUUUUCAGUCAAGUAUUAUAUUUAUCAAUAAAAAAAAAGAACGACAUAUCGUUAGAUUCUACUUAUGUACAUAAAUGAUUAACUGUAUAAUUAAAUUAUCAUAUAUAUUUUUAUCUAUUUCAAAAGAAAAAUACUUAUUAGAUAUCGAAAUCAGUUUGAAGCUUCCUUUGAAAUUUACUAAUCGUUAACACGUUUCCUGUCACAUGAGUCACCAAUGACUGACCCACCAAAAAUAAAUAUGUACCCUUUUUCAUCCUCCUUACCUAACAUGGAAAUAAAACGAAGGAACAAUGAAUCGUAGAGUAAAAAUAAAUUUGACAUAACCCAGGCUAUUCUUUCUAAUUAAAUAUUUCGAUAUAUGUAAUUUGUGAAUUUAAUCCUUAAAUUUCAGUUUUAUAUUAAUCUAUCAGGAACUUUAAAUUUCAUACGGCGCUGUGCGCGUCUUAAAAAAAAAAGAGACUCAUGUACGCUCUGUAUAUCCAUAAUUGGCCACAAUAAAAACUAUAAUAAAGUGUUCACAGAGACAAGAGUCAAAAGGGGUGAUCGUUAUUAUAACGGAGGUGAUUUUUAUUUCAACAAAAAUAACAAUUUACAUUGAACUGUCUUGAUAAUAAUAUUAUCGUGUAUGCUACACCUGUAGUUUACUGUAGGCGUGGUAUGCUCUCGCUCGCUAUUAAUUGUAGUUAAUUUAUUUGAAUUAAUCGCAUUAAUAGCGGGUUCGUAGGUAAUAUCGCUUCUUAGCCUUUCUUCUUUUGUUUAUUUUAAUGUUAUUAUUUCACUUCUCUUUUCUCCUUUUUUUCUUUUUUUUUUUUUUGCUUUUUCUUCCUCUUCCUUUUUGUUUAAAUCUCGUUUCAUUUACUCUUUUAUCUUCUUAUUAGUUUCUCGCAUUCCGCGCAACCGCAUCAUAAGCAUUAUCAUCGUCAUCAUCA